AUGCGGCUCGGACGCGCGGGGGCCGCUCGGGGCCGUUGUGCCCGCGGCGGGCGGCAGGUGUCGCUGUCGCUCCGCCCCGGGCGGCGGGGUCGGGGAGUGCCCGCGGGGGCUCCGCCCGUCACCGCCCGGCCCUUCACUGCCCUCCCUCUGCCUCCGCAGGAACCGGAGAGCGCCGAAGCGUCCCAGUUUCGCCUGGCGGCCGGCCGGAUCCCGGAGGUGCCCUUCGGCCUCAGCACCAACCCCGCCGUCCUGUCCCACUACGGCGUCUCGGCGAACACCGUCACGCUGUUCCGCAGGGUAGACAAUGACCGGAGGGAUCUGGAUAUGAACAACAAAGAUGUUGAUACUGAGAAGAUGACUCGUUUCGUUCGGAUGAAUGAUCUCCGCCUGGUGACAGAGUACAACCCUGUGACAUCAAUAGGUGUGAUGCAGAGUUCGCUCCAGUUUAACCUCCUCCUGAUCACAGACAAGAUGUCCCCAAAGCACCCUGAGCGAAUGCGCAAGUUUCGGGCGGCAGCAGAGCUCUUCAAGGGAAAGAUUCUCUUUAUCCUGUUAGACAGCAAUUUGAAGAGCAAUGAACCAGUAGUGUCAUACUUCCAGCUGAAGAAGUCCCAGCUGCCAGCUCUGGCUGUAUUCCACACACCAGAUGAUGAGCAUGAUGUGAUGACUGUGGAUGAAAUCUCCAUUGAGCAUGUACAGGACUUCUGUAAUGGUUUCAUACAAAGAAUGAAGAAGAAAGAAGACGAAUCUGAGAAGCCCCUCAAUGAGGAACUCUGAUUCUUUCUCAGCCAACAGGAUGACUGUGCCCAGAAUCACCUGUUUCUCCUGUAUUAAGAGUUCACUUCACUCUGCAGCUCGACAACUUCUGAACCAAGUUGGUCAUGUAUUCCCAUCACCAUUCUAUGUAUAUAUAUUCUGUCUAUCCUCUCCAGAAAUCUCUUCUCUCUUCUCAUUCAUUGGCUCCAGUUCACUUCUUUUCAGUACUCCAGUACCUUUGGUAUUGCCUUACAUUGUGUCCUUCCAUGCCACUCUGUUGGAGCAAAGAGCGGCGUAGCAAAAGGGCAAUAUCAGAGGUAAAGCUAGUAGUUCCCAGGGAUCUGUUUCCCUCAUUCUCUUGGCUUUUGGUGAUAUGCUGGGAUGCACUGUCAGCCUUUCCUGACACUACAAAUGGAUUGGUUGCAUGAUGUCACAUGACCUUUUCCAUUUAUUUUACUAAAUAAAGCAGAAAGUGAAUAGCCUGAAUUUUUACUCAAA